AUGGGGGAAAGAGCAGACAGUCCAGAUACUAAUCAAGAAAGAAAUUCAGACAAACACCAUUACUCUUACUGCGUAUCUGAUUGUGAAACUACACCACAGUCUUCUGACCAGUCUUCAGUGGUCAGCGCCUCUUCACCUACAAGUGUUAAGGAAAAAAAUCCUAAAAGGCACCUUUCAGAUAGCCAAGUGCCUCAGCAAGCCACCAGGAAAUCAAGCCCUAAAGGUCUACCAAACAGAAAGGGAGUUCGAGUGGGAUAUCGCUCCCAGAGCCUCAAUAGGGAACCUCUUCGGAAAGAUCCUGAUCUUAUUACAAAACGGGUUCUUUCUGCAAGACUGCUAAAAAUCAACGAAUUGCAGAAUGAAGUUACUGAACUCCAGGUCAAGUUAGCUGAGCUGCUAAAAGAAAAUAAGGCUUUGAAAAGACUCCAGUACAGACAGGAGAAAGCCCUGAAUAAGUUUGAAGAUACUGAAAAUGAAAUCUCACAACUUAUACUUCGACAUAACAGUGAGAUUACAGCACUCAAGGAACGCCUAAGAAAAUCUCAAGAGAAAGAACGGGCAACUGAGAAAAGGGUAAAAGAUACAGAAGGUGAACUAUUUAGGACAAAAUUUUCCUUAAAGAAAUUGAAAAAGAUCUCUGAAGCAAGGCACCUACCUGAACGAGAUGAUCUGGCAAAGAAACUAGUCUCAGCAGAAUUAAAAUUAGAUGACACUGAGAGAAGAAUUAAGGAACUAUCAAAAAACCUUGAACUGAGUACGAACAGUUUCCAACGGCAGUUGAUUGCUGAAAGGAAAAAGGCAUAUGAAGCUCAUGAUGAAAAUAAAGUUCUUCAAAUAGAGCUACAACGACUAUAUCAGAAACUAAAGGAAAAAGAGAGAGAGCUGGAUAUAAAAAAUAUAUAUUCUAAUCGUCUGCCAAAGUCCUCUCCAAAGAAAGAUAAAGAAUUUGCACUAAGAAAAAAUGCUGCAUGUCAGAGUGACUUCACAGACCAGUGUACAAAAGGAAUACAAACCAGUGAAGACUUUGAGCCGGAGGAAUUUCCUAUGACAACACAAGCAGUUAUGUGUUAUGAAAACAAAUGGGAAGAGCUUAAACAUCAUACUUCGGAUCUAGAAUUCCAAGAAAGAUAUAAGCGUGAAGAAGCUGAGAUUCUAAAUCCAAUUGAGGAAGGAGAAGAAAAAAUCAUAAAAGAACUUGAUGCUAUAAAACAGGAGGUUGAGACUCUGGAGAAUGAAUGGGUAAGAGAAGAACUUGAUACAAAGCGAAGAGAAAAUAUAUUUUUACUGACGAGAGAAGAGAAGCCAGAGUUGGAAAUCAGAAGAUACCAGAUGGAAAUUGGAAGAUAUCAAAUUCAAGAUACUGAUAAAUUGGCAGAGGAAGAAGAAGAAAGACUGAAGAAGGAAAUGCUGCUUGCUAAACUCAACGAGAUCAACCAAGAACUUGAAGAUUCUCGAAACCUAAAAUAUCCUUCUCUGCCAUUGCUACCUGAUUUUGAAUCAAAAGUAAAUUUCCCAGAGAAAAGUCCCAAAGCAUACAUGUUCUCUGAAUCCUCAGAGAGAUCAUUUAAUGGACAUCGAUUGCAAGACGUCAGCUUUUUAACUACAAAAGAAGAGAGCCAGAAUCCUAGAGGGACUAGAAGCCCAGCCUCUCCAAAUGAGUUUGCAUUUGGUAACUAUGUGCCUUCGUUUGCAAAAGCGUCAGGGAAGUCAAAUUUAUUUAGUCAAAAAAGUGGCCUUUUGGAGUUCCACAGUAACUCUAUAGACAGUGUAGACUUAAUGAAAAGGAAAGAAAAGAAAGCUAAUCUGAUGGAACAGCUAUUUGGUGCCAGUAGCAGCAGCACCAUUUCCUCUAAAAGCCCUGACCCCAAUUCACUUUCUGCCAACAGAGGAGACUUUGACCCUUUAAGUUUUCUUCCCAGGGAUAAAAGCAGCAGAAGCAAAGAACAAGAUGAAGAUGAUGACUUUUUCCUCAGUGAAGGAAGAAGUUUUCAUCCAAGUAGAAACAGAUUAAAACAUGCAAACAGUAGAGCAACAGUAAAAGCAGUUGAUUCUGUAGAAGAUGAAAUUGAAGAAGUAACACUGAGAUGA